UAGCUUAGUACUCAACUAAAGUCAGAAAAGUCAAGAUGCCACCUCCACCGCACCACGACCACCACCAUCAUCAUGGGCCACCACACCAUGGACCUCCCCACCAUGGGCCACCGCACCAUGGUCCUCCACACCACGGGCCACCGCAUCACGGGCCACCACACCACGGACCGCCGCACCAUGGACCUCCGCACCACGACCACCAUCAUCAUGGACCACCACACCACGGUCCUCCAAUGCAUCCUCGAUGAGAACUAUAAUACAAUAUAAGCCGAAUUUAACGUUAUAAACUGAUAUGGAAAAACUUAAUCGUUAACUGUGAUUAAGCCACAAACUAACAUUAAAAUAUCUUCACUAACUUCUAGUUAGUUUCACCAAGAGCAAAAUGUUUUUAUUUUAGAAAUUGUUUAAUUUUAUAACACCAUUAUAAAGAUACUGAUUCUAAUAAGCAAUUAGAAGAAU